GUCAUCUAUUGCUCUUUUGGCGGCACGUCCAAAGGACUACAUUUCAAUAACCUGAUAGUGGGCUUAGUCCUCCUGACAAGGGGUCGAGAUGAGGAGAAAACGAAAUACAUUUUCAGCUUGUUCUCUGAAUCUGGGAGCUAUGUCGUCCGGGAAGAGAUGGAGAGGAUGCUUCAUAUGGUUGAUGGGAAGGUCCCAGAGUCCCUCAAGCAGUGCUUCUCAGAGGGUGAAAAGGUAAACUAUGAGAAGUUCAGAAACUGGCUGUUGCACAACAAAGAGGCCUUCACGUUUUCCCGCUGGUUGCUGUCGGGCGGGGUGUACGUCACGCUCACGGAUGACAGCGACACCCCCACCUUCUACCAAACUCUUGCUGGCGUCACACACCUGGAAGAAUCAGAUAUCAUUGAUCUCGAGAAACGGUAUUGGCUCCUGAAAGCGCAGUCGAGAACGGGACGGUUUGAUCUGGAAACGUUUGGCCCCUUGGUUUCCCCACCCAUUCACCCCUCUCUGAGCGAAGGUCUGUUUAACGCCUUUGAUGAAAAUCGUGACAAUCACAUAGACUUCAAGGAGAUCUCCUGCGGACUUUCGGCCUGCUGCAGAGGGCCAGUGGCAGAAAGGCAGAAAUUUUGCUUCAAGGUUUUCGAUAUCGACCGGGACGGGGUUUUGUCUCGCGUGGAACUCGAAGAAAUGAUGGUCGCCCUUCUAGAAGUUUGGAAAGAUAACCGGACCGAUGACAUUCCUGAGUUGCACAUGAACAUCCCCGACAUCGUAAAAGAGGUUCUCGUGACGCAUGACACCACCAAGCUUGGCCACCUCACGCUGGAGGAUUACCAGAUCUGGAGCGUGAAGAGCGCUCUUGCCAACGAGUUUCUGAACCUACUUUUCCAGGUGUGCCAUAUUGUCUUAGGUUUAAGACCCGCUACUCCAGAAGAGGAAGGCCAGAUCAUUAGGGGCUGGUUAGAACGGGAAAGCAGGUACGGUCUCCAGCCAGGACACAGCUGGUUUCUGAUUGCAGUACCAUGGUGGCAGCAAUGGAAAGAAUACGUCAAAUAUGAUGCUAGUCCUGUUGUGAUCGAACCUUCGUCCGUCUUAAGCGGAGGCAAGAGCCUGCGCCCAGGUCCAGCUGCCCGCGCAUCGGAGCGGGGAGAAGACAAAGCGGGCGGUUUAAAUUAUUCCAGUGCCACAGAAGAAAGGUUUUCGGAUAACAUUUCCUCCGCAUCAGAAGCCUCAGAGACCACUAGCAGCAAUUUCCUUUAUGCCACCACUCCCAGCCCUGAGAUGUGUUUCGCUCGGCAGCUGAACUCUUCGGACAACAACAACCAGUGUUUGCUGGGCUCUAAUGGGAACGUAUUGCUGCAGCUCAGUCCGCAGCGGCCGGGAGCGAUUGAUAACCAGCCGCUGGUAACGCAGGAGCCCAUGAAGGCUCCAACGUUGACUCUGGAAGGCGGCCGACUAAAACAGUCUCCGCAGUUGAUGCAAGGGAAGAAUUAUGAAAUUGUCCCAGAGCCGGUGUGGAAGGCGCUUUACCACUGGUAUGGCGCAAACUUGGCUUUACCCAGACCGGUGAUACUUAACAACACAACCCACCAUCCCGAACUGGAGCUCUUUCCCCGCUACCUGCUCUUCCUCCGCCAGCAGCCCGCCACCCGGACGCAGCAGUCCAACAUCUGGGUGAACAUGGGUAUGAUGAGCCUGAGGAUGUUUCCUCACCAAUUGCCGAGAGGGACCGUCCCCUCGCCCAGCGCGCCCUUGAAGAGGGUCUUGGCCUACACCGGUUGCUUUAGUCGCAUGCACACGAUCAAGACGAUCCAUGAAUAUUUGUCUCAGCGGCUACGGAUAAAAGAAGAGGACAUGCGCUUGUGGCUGUACAAUAGCGAGAACUACCUUACUCUUCUGGAUGAUGAGGAUCACACUCUGGAGUACCUGAACAUCCAAGAUGAGCAACACUUAAUUAUAGAAGUCCGGAACAAAGACAUGAGUUGGCCUGAGGAAAUGUCCUUUAUAGCAAACAGCAGUAAAAUAGACCGGCACAAAGUCCCUACGGAAAAGGGUGCCACUGGCCUGAGCAACCUGGGGAACACCUGCUUCAUGAAUUCCAGCAUCCAGUGUGUCAGUAACACACAGCCCCUCACCCAGUAUUUCAUCUCAGGCAGACAUCUGUAUGAACUCAACAGGACGAAUCCGAUAGGAAUGAAAGGGCACAUGGCCAAAUGCUACGGGGACUUGAUCCAAGAGCUGUGGAGCGGGACACAAAAGAAUGUGGCUCCUUUAAAAUUACGGUGGACAAUAGCAAAAUACGCUCCCCGGUUUAAUGGCUUCCAGCAGCAAGACUCGCAGGAGCUCCUGGCUUUUCUUCUGGAUGGCCUCCAUGAGGAUCUGAACAGAGUUCAUGAAAAGCCCUACGUAGAACUGAAGGACAGCGACGGGCGGCCGGACUGGGAGGUGGCCGCGGAGGCCUGGGAAAAUCAUCUGAGGAGGAACCGCUCGAUUGUGGUGGACUUGUUCCAUGGGCAGCUGAGGUCUCAGGUCAAAUGCAAGACCUGUGGCCACAUCAGCGUGCGCUUCGACCCUUUCAAUUUUUUAUCUUUACCCCUGCCGAUGGACAGCUACAUGCAUAUAGAAAUUAUAGUCACUAAGCUCGACGGCACGACGCCUGUCCGAUACGGUUUGAGGCUCAACAUGGAUGAAAAGUACACAGGCUUGAAAAAGCACCUCAGUGACUUGUGCGCGUUGAAGCCGGAGCAGAUCCUCCUCGCGGAGGUCCACAGCUCGAACAUCAAGAACUUUCCUCAAGACAACCAGAAGGUCCGGCAUUGUACCAGCUCCUCUCUGUGUGCUUUCGAGAUCCCCAUCCCUGGAUCCCCCACGUCAGCUUCUUCAAGUCCCAUCCAAACAGAGGUUUACAGCGGACCGUCGGCCAACGGGAUGAUCAGCGGGCUGAUGAACGGGGACCUUCCCCGGUCCACCCUGAUCCCAAACGGGAUGCCAAACACGGUGGUGCCGUGCAGGAUGGAAAAUAGCCUCUCCAACGCGAUGCCAAACGGCCACGUGAACUCGCCUUUGGACAGCCCUUUCACUGGCUACAUCAUUGCGGUCCACCGGAAAAUGAUGCGGACGGAGAUGUACUUCCUUUCGUCUCAGAAGAACCGCCCCAGCCUCUUUGGGAUGCCGCUGAUCGUUCCAUGCACCAUUCACACGCGGAAGAAAGACUUGUACGAUGCUGUCUGGAUCCAGGUGUCCCGCCUUGCCAGCCCCCUUCCUCCCCAAGAGGCCAGUAACCAUGCUCAGGACUGUGACGACAGCUUGGGUUACCAGUACCCCUUCACUUUACGUGUGGUUCAGAAGGAUGGCAAUUCCUGCGCCUGGUGCCCGUGGUACCGGUUUUGCCACGGCUGUAAAAUCGACUGCACAGAAGAAAGAGCUUACAUGGGCAACGCCAACCUUGCCGUCGACUGGGAUCCCACGGCACUUCAUCUCCGCUACCAGACAUCGCAGGAACGGAUAGCGGAGGAGCACCGAAGCGUCGAGCAAAGUCGCCGGGCUCAAGCCGAGCCCAUCAACCUGGACAGCUGCUUGCGGGCUUUCACUGGCGAGGAAGAGCUGGGCGAAGACGAGAUGUACUACUGCUCCAAGUGCAAAACUCACUGCUUGGCCACCAAAAAACUGGACUUGUGGAGGCUUCCCCCUAUCCUGAUCAUCCACUUGAAGCGCUUCCAGUUUGUCAAUGGCCGCUGGAUAAAAUCCCAGAAAAUCGUCAAGUUUCCCCGCGAGAGUUUCGACCCGAGUGCCUUCCUGAUGCCAAGGGACCCCAGCUACUGGCCCCAGAAGCUGCUGACCCCCCAGCUGGAGGACCUUUCCGAACCUCAGGCUUUACCGGAGGAGUGCAGGAGGAUGGAGGCACCAAACGCUUCUGCGUCCGGGGAAGGGGAUGCCCUGACCAGGAGUCCUUCCUCCCUCAGUGCUUCUGGCAUCUUCAAUAAUGUGAAAGUGUCCCCAUCUUCCGGGAGGAAGUGCGCAUCAGGCUGCCCAUCCAGUAAAAACAUUAGUCCGACUGGAAGCCCGAGGACUAUGGGCCGGAGCAAAGGGCGUCUCCGGCUGCCCCAGCUGUGUAAAAACAAACUAUCCGGCAGCAAAGAGAACUUGGACCUCAGCGGGGAGACCCUCAUGGACACGGACCCAAAGGUUGCUCCGGAGCCAGGAGAGGGCUUCUGCCGAGGGCAGGCCUUGGGGGGCAGCCAGGGCGAGCUCUGUGCCGCUCAGGACGCCGAGAUGACUUUGGCCAACGGCUAUCUUUGCAAGCAGAACUCUCACAGCAACGGGAGCAUCGACGGCCCGCUGGAUGAGGAGAUGGAGGAAGACCAAAGAGGAGAGAUCUGCGUGAACCCCAUCUACAACCUAUAUGCAAUUUCGUGCCAUUCAGGAAUUAUGGGAGGAGGCCAUUACGUCACAUAUGCCAAAAACCCCAACGACAAAUGGUACUGUUACAACGACAGCAGCUGUAAGGAAUUGCAUCCCGACGAAAUCGACACGGACUCUGCCUACAUUCUUUUCUAUGAGCAGCAAGAGGUCGACUAUGCACAAUUUUUGCCAAAGAUAGACGGCAAGAACAUGGCGGACACGAGCAGCAUGGAUGAAGAUUUCGAGUCGGAUUACAAGAAGUACUGCGUCCUUCAGUGAUGGCGUUGGCUUCCCGCGGACAGUUUGCGCCUCUAGUUUGGCAGCUGGGAAAAAGGGGGGUGAAAAAACACCAAGGUGGUUUUUAUCUGAGCGGAAGAGCUAAGUGUAGUUUUUAUUUUGUUUUUAUUUUCCUCUUGCGACCUGAAAGCACAACUAGGAGGAGAAAGAAGAGGAAAAUAACCCCAAUUAAAUAGCAGUUCCUACAAUGAGGGAAGAUGGCUUUUUGUUCGGAUCUCGUGGUACAUAACCUUCUCACUGCCGCCACCCCCCAAAUAAUCCCACAUUGAUCAGUUACCUGUCUUUGGUCUUCAAACCGGUUUGAUGCAAGGACCGAGUCUUUUUUUUUUAAAGCUUCAGAUAACCUGCUUAAUAGUUGGCUCAGAGUAAUCUAACGUUGUUGGGUGGCUUUUUAAAAACACAACAUUUACUCAUAGGGAAAGUAAGGGAGCAGGGAUAACCCUUUGGGACGCUCUCUUAAGAUUUAAGAACAUUAACUUGUAGUGUUGUCCUGUCGACGGCAUGAAACGGCUACCUCCUUUUUUUCUGGUGUUUUAUUCCCUUUUAGAUGAGGAAGGCAAAAAAUAAGCAGCCGAUGUGAAAGCCUACAUGAUGCUUCGGGAGCGUGGUCCUUCUGUAUUUUAAUCCCCCUUGGUCCCUGCCUUCCAUCUGUGUGUGCAUUCGCUGUGUGCGCAUUCGCAUGCAAUGGAAGCCAGUGUGUUAGUGAAGCAGUGAAUCCACUCUGCGGUUUGAAGGCGCUCUGCGGAGUGCCAAGCCGUGUCCCCAAAACACAUUCAUCACUUUGGAUGUGCUUUUUAAAGACUGAUAAAACCUGGCCAGUCCACUAACAUGGAAACGUGGCAUCUACAGUCCGUUGCAAUCAUAUCUCGAGGGACCGAUUUGCCUUCUUGACUUGAAUUUGUCACGAAUGUUGUCUCAGGUUGCAGAUCAUGCUUUUUCCGGAGUGGCUUGGAAGAACUGUCCUGUCUUUGCCGCGGCUGAGAUCUCGAAGGUGAGAUGCCUCCGGCCGACGGAGAAAGGAUUGAGGUCAGGAAGCCGCAUCUUGAACCUCCAGGAGCUCUGUGAGCAUGGUCUUCCCUCUUCCAUUUGCUAAAGUUGACCUGUAAAUAAGAGAUGUAUCCCCUCUCCUCAAACUUCAUAUGCCGCCAUGUCCCAUCUUGCAAUCCUUAAUAAUGCCGGAGCUGGUGGGGAACAUACCAGACGUAACCCUGGGGAUUUUGCGGCUGCGGUCGCCAAAGCUGGGGGAGAAGGAGACUAGGUUUAACGUUGGUGCCAGUUGUAAUGUUUAAACAAGGUUCAGGAGGAACUUGUAUUGGAAAGGAUGGAGAAGCAGAGUAUGACAUCCCUCCUCUUCCUCACUCUUGAAAGAGAUCAAGGAAGCUGCAUCUCCACCAGCCCCGAAAAGGAGUAGGCUACCCCACCAGUUUAAAAUGUCCCUUUCAUGAACAGCGUGUGCAGUUGUUGUGUGCGGGCUUCUUUGUGUGAUUGUGAAAAAUGGCACUUCCUUUUAAAAAAAGAAUAAAAUAAGGAAAAGGGAGAGCAGCUUAUUUUAUAACCUCUAGUACUUUGUAGAACAAAAGGAGCCUGCUUUCCAUCAACUUGGAUUUAAAAAGCAAAGUGUCCCAUUUCCAGACGCUUGAGGUUUAAAACAGAGCAGGGUCCAGUCUUCCAGCAGAAUAACAUUCAGAUUUCCAAGGCACCAUUUCCAGAAAAAAAGGUGCGCUAUUCUAUGCGCGUUUCUUACUGCAACGCUGUAUGCGUCAAUUUGAAUCUCAGUUCCCUUGUUCUUCCCCUUCACUGCCGCCAUGUCAAAAAUAUAUUCAUGAUAGGGUUAUAGUUCCUUGAAUACUGGACUAUCUGCAUGAGGCAGAGAUGGCCAGGUGGAGUGUGACUUUUUAAAACUGGAACAUAAGCUUAGUUCUUGCUGAGCCCAUAAACUUAGGUUUGGACUAUACCAGUUGAGCUCGUAUUGAGGCUAGUGUUUCAGUGGCCUGUUACAGACUGCCAAAAUAAAGCUGCUUCGGGUCUCUUUGGAGGUAUGCUAUUUAAAGGACGCAUGGGUCCUAAGAGUCCGAAGGUCGCA